AUGGCUGGUAGUUCAGCUUCUUCUAGUGCUGUCAGGUUUCUACAGUUGGAACUGAAAAAAAUUCACAGCGAGCCCGUUGAAGGUUUCCGCGUUUUCCUGCCUGAUGAUUCCAACAUUUUCGUCUGGGAUGUCGCCAUAUUUGGACCCCCUGACACGCUCUAUCAGGGUGGAUAUUUCAAGGCUCAAAUGAAGUUUCCUCAGGACUACCCAUACUCACCUCCAAAGUUCAACUUCCUCACAAGAAUGUGGCAUCCAAACAUUUAUGAAAAUGGUGAGGUGUGCAUAAGCAUUCUCCACCCCCCAACGGACGACCCGCUCAGCGGGGAGUUGCCAUCAGAAAGGUGGAAUCCCACUCAAAAUGUCAGAACUAUUCUACUGAGUAUCAUAUCCCUCUUGAACGAGCCAAACACCUCGUCGCCUGCCAACGUCGACGCCUCAGUCUCAUUCAGGAAGUGGAAGGAGGGAAAGAGUAAGGAUUACGAGCUCAAAGUCAGGUUAGAGGUCAUCAGGAGGAAACAAGUAUUACAAACAAAGUUGGAUGCAGAAAAGGACGGAGUGGAGGUGCCAGUGACGGUUUCUGAGUACUGCAUCUCGUCCGGACCGUCCAACAGUACCGCACACGACUGCCUCUCAGAAAUGGACUUCUACGACGAAGAUUGCGUCGAGGAUUACGAUGACGACGACGACGACGAUGAAGAAGACGAUGAAAAUGAUGGUUGCGACGGUGCGAAUAACGACGACGGCGGUAGUCGUCGUCUCGGUAGUAGUGGUAGUUGCAUUCAACGCGAUCCAAAUGGUGGCGAAGAUUCUGGAAAUAAUAGUGAUUCGUGA